UAGCGGUUACUGGAAAUGACACACGGGAGGCGGUCGAAAGGCAAAUGUCCAAAAAUAAUGUGCUGUAGUUAUGAUUCACCUGGAAGCCACAUUUUGAUCAGAUUUAUAAAACCAGACAACACUUAGCCUAAAGGGUCUUUUCAGUAAUGGGACGCAGUAUCAAACGGUCUGAGAGAAUAUCGUUAAUGUGUUGUGAAGCCCGGUUGUGUGUUGAUUCCGUCUACCAGUCCGGGUGAGCUGCUGCUGUAUCGUGGGACGACCGGGAUCAGAGCGGACGGACGUGGUUCUGUCCAUAUCCACACGAGUAGAAGUUUAGCGCCGUGAUUAUUAUUUUUUGGCCGGCGUGUUAGUGCAAAGAGCCGCAUCUAUAUUUCCCUAAUGAAAAUUACUCUUUGGAAGGGUUCCCGGGUCGUGACAGAGAUGAUGUCGAGUAAAAGUGUGGAAUGGCUUCAAGAGGAACUUGAGUCCGGGCUCGGGGUGAGCUCGCUACUGCUGCUGGACUGCCGAUCGCACGAGCUCUACGAAUCUUCACACAUAGAGUCGGCCAUCAAUCUGGCGAUUCCCGGUUUGAUGCUGCGGAGACUAAAGAAGGGGAAUCUACCGAUCAGGUCCAUCAUUCCUAACAACGAGGAUAAGGAGACAUUCGUAAAGCGGUGCAAAACGGACAUGAUUCUUCUCUACGACGAGGCCACUACGGACUGGCAGGAGACCGGGCUGGUGAGCUCUGUCCUCGGCUUGCUGCUGCAAAAGCUCCGGGAUGACGGCUCCAAGGCUUUUUACCUGGAAGGUGGAUUCAACAAGUUCCAGACAGACUACCCAGAACACUGUGAGAUCAACCUUGACUGUUCCUGCCCCAGCAGUUCCCCGCCUGCGUCCGUCCUGGGGCUGGGGGGGCUGAGGAUCAGCUCUGACUGUUCUGAUGGGGAGUCAUCGGACAGGGAACCUGUCAGCGCCACCGAGUCCGAGGGCAGCCCUCUCCCCAACAACCAGCCUGCCUUCCCGGUCCAGAUCUUACCAUACCUCUACCUGGGCUGUGCCAAAGACUCCACCAAUCUGGACAUCCUGGGGAAGUAUAAUAUUAAGUACAUCCUGAACGUCACGCCCAACCUGCCCAACAUGUUUGAACACGACGGAGACUUCAAGUACAAACAGAUCCCCAUCUCCGAUCACUGGAGCCAAAACCUCUCGCAGUUUUUCCCAGAGGCCAUUUCUUUCAUUGGUGAGUUGUGGCAGUAG